AACUUCACUAUAUGCGGUUGUUUCUUCUUUGUUUGUUUCUUUUGCUUUUGCUUUUCCUUUUCCCAUCAUUCUCUUCAUCUUCAUCUUCUAAUCUUUUAUGUAAUCCUGAAGAUAGCUAUGCUUUGCUUCAAUUCAAGUCCUCCUUCACAACAGGCUAUGACAAUGAUUGUCCUGAGCAACCUCAGAAAACAGCAACAUGGAAAAACGGGACAGAUUGUUGUUCAUGGCUUGGUGUUACUUGUGAUAUUGUUUCUGGUCAUGUGAUUGGUCUCAAUCUUGGUUGUGAAAGCCUUCAAGGUGAAAUCUAUCCUAACACUUCCCUUUUUCAUCUUUCUCACCUACAAUCACUUAACCUUUCUCAGAUUGAUGUCUUCUACUCCAAUUUGCAUGCUCAGUUUGGUGGAUUUAAAAGUCUUGUAAGUCUUGACUUAUCUUCAUGUCACUUUCAAGGUGAAGUCCCUCCUCAAAUAUCACACCUUUCCAAAUUAACUUCACUUUAUCUUUCUCGUAAUGAUGACUUAUAUUGGAAAGAAACCACUUUGAAGAGGCUUGUGCAAAAUGCAACAUUUUUAAAAGAUCUAUUUUUGGAUUACACAAAUAUGUCUUCAAUCAAUCCAAACUUGUUGAAUUUGAUCUUCAAUCAAUCUUCGUCUUUGGUUAGAAUUAGUCUUCAAAGUGCAAGAUUAAGUGGAAAUUGGAAAAAUAACAUUCUUUGUUUACCAAGCAUUCAAGAACUAGAUAUGUUUGGAAAUGAAGAUCUUGAAGGUCAACUUCCAGAACUAAGUUGUAGUACAUCUCUUAGAAUCUUGGAUCUUUCAUACUGUCAAUUCAAUGGCCCAAUUCCACUUUAUUUCUCUAACCUCACAUAUCUUACUUCCCUAAGUCUCGUAAAGAACAGACUUAAUGGUUCAAUCCCAUCGUCCCUUCUUACCUUUCCAUACCUAACUUCUUUGAAUCUCCAGGAUAAUGUGUUCAUAAGUGGUCAAAUUCCAAAUGUAUUUCACCAGUCAAAUAGAUUUCAAGAACUAUAUUUGAGUGGUAACCAAAUUGAAGGUGAGCUGCCAACAUCACUUUCAAACCUUCAACAUCUCAUUAUUUUAGACCUUUCGUCCAAUUCAUUUAGUGGUCAAAUCCCGGAUGUGUUUGACAGCCUAACAAUAGAAGAACUCCGUCUAGGUAAUAAUAGAUUACAAGGACAAAUCCCACCAUCAUUGUUUAACAUUUCUCAACUUAAUUACUUAGAUUGUUCUUAUAAUAAAUUAAAGGGUCCUCUACACAACAGAAUAACAGGGUUGCAAAAGUUACAUAUUUUAAUGUUAAAUAACAACUUACUAAGUGGUAAAAUUCCAUCAUGGUGUUUAUCUUUUUCAUAUUUGGAAGUGUUAGAUCUAUCAAAUAAUCAGUUUACAGGAACUAUAAGUGCAGUGUCAUCAUAUUCUCUGUGGUAUCUAAGACUAUGCAACAACAAGCUACAAGGAGAUAUUCCAGAGUCUAUGCUCAACCUUCCAAACCUAAAUACACUUUGUCUAUCAUCAAACAACUUGAGCGGUGUGGUGAGUUUUCAACACUUUUCCAAACUUCAAAAUUUAGUUUCUCUUUCCCUUUCAUAUAAUAGUCAAUUAUCACUAAACUUUGAAUCCAAUGCCAAUUACAACUUUUCUGUCCUAUCAGUAUUGGAAUUGUCGUCUGUCGGUUUGAUUGGGUUUUCAAAACUACCAUUAGGAAAAUUCCCUUGUUUGAAAUAUCUUGCUUUGUCCAAUAACAAACUUUAUGGGAGACUGCCCAAUUGGUUGCUCGAAAUAGAUUCUUUACAAGUAUUGAGCCUCUCUCAUAACUUGUUCACAUCAAUGGACCAAUUCUCAAGGAUUCAUUGGAACAGGCUAAUAGGCCUUGAUCUUAGUUUUAAUUUACUAGGUGGUGACAUCUCUUUGUCAAUUUGUAACACAAGUUCACUUGAAUUUCUCAACUUAGCACACAACAAAUUGACAGGUAUCAUUCCAUAAUGUCUUGCUAAUUCAUCGCUGCAAGUUUUGGAUCUACAAAUGAAUAAAUUUUAUGGUACUUUGCCAAGUAACUUUUCAAAGGACAGUAAACUUCACACUCUGAAUUUCAAUGGCAACCAAUUAAACGGUAUUUUGCCUAAAUCUUUGUCCAACUGCAUCCAUAUGGAGGUUUUAAAUCUUGGCAGCAAUAGAAUAGAAGACCAUUUUCCAAAUUGGCUUCAAACUCUACAAAAUUUGGAAGUACUAGUUUUGCGAGACAAUAAGUUGCAUGGUCCCAUUGCCAAUAUAAAUAUCAAUCAUCCAUUUCCAAGUUUAAUUAUUUUUGAUAUUUCACACAACAACUUUAGUGGUCCACUGCCAAAAGUCUACAUACAAAAUUUUGAGGCCAUGAAAAAAAUUAUUCAAGUUGAAGAAGGUAGCGGCUCACAAUACAAGGAUAAGACGGAAAUGUAUUAUACGACAUACUAUGAUUCUGUGACUAUAACAGUGAAAGGAAACAUCAUUGUAAUGGAGAAAAUUCCAAUAAACUUCGUGAAUAUUGAUUUAUCUCAAAACAAUUUUGAAGGCGAGAUUCCAAAUGUUUUCGGAGAGCUUCACGCACUCAAAGGGCUUAACCUUUCUCAUAAUAGACUCACUGGUCCUAUUCCCCAAUCUAUAGGAAACUUGACAAACAUGGAGUCUUUAGAUCUUUCCUCAAAUUCGCUCACUGGCGUUAUUCCUGCAGAAUUUACCAAUCUGGGCAGUCUUGAAGUUUUGAAUCUUUCCCAUAACCAUCUAGUGGGAGAGAUACCUCGAGGAAAUCAGUUGAAUACAUUUUCAAAUGAUUCUUAUGAAGGAAACUCGGGGUUAUGUGGAUUUCCCAUGUCAAUGCAAUGUGGACCUAAACAUAAUUCUCCUACUACACCUUCACCUGAAGAGAAAUUUGGAUUUGGAUGGAAACCAGUGGCAAUUGGAUAUGGAUGUGGAUUUGUGUUUGGAAUAGGCCUUGGAUAUUGCAUGUUCCUAAUUGGAAGGCCAAGAUGGCUUGUGAUCAUAUUUGGUGGUCAGCCUAAAAGAAGAGUGAGAAGAAGAACAAGAGUGAGGAGGACCCAAAGUUCUACGAUGAAUCAGAUGGUGCAAAUGUCAUAGUUUUAAUGUUAUGGUUAUUUUCUCUUAUGUUGUUUGUUGUUUACUUUCUGUUUAUAAUAAGCUUGAUGUGAGUGUGACAAUCUUGUCACUCUUAUUUGAUCCUGCUACUUUGAUUUUGGGUUAUAAGUUUGUACUCUGAAAUGGGUUCUACUUUGAAUGUGCAUGCCUUAUAAUUUUGUUUGUAACUAGCUAUUGUCUAAAUAUUAAA